GGUGGCGGUAGAACAGACCGCCUGGAGACAGCAGGAGAACAGGAUCUCUCCACUCCAUUAAUCCCAGUUUUUAAAUCCUCUUUAUUUUAUUUUCUUGUUUCGCUUUAAUCCAGAGAAUGUCUGGUGGCGCACUGAGCGGGUUCCUGCUGGCGCUGUGCGUCUUUGGCGCAGUCCAUGGCGCACCGAAGAAGAGCAGGAGACAGAGCGGGCAGUACCAGCUGGACCCGGACUUUCAUGACGCAGCUGCGCUCAAUCCAGUGAGUUGUGAGGAAAACGGUCUGACCUACAGGCAGAACCAGCAGUGGGAGAAACCGUACCUGGACAGUACUCUGGUUUGCACCUGCAGUGGCACAGCCGGCAUCAACUGUAAAACUAAACCAGGAGAGGAGACGUGUUACGAUAAGGACAACAGACGGACGUACCGGGUCGGUGAAACCUACGAGAGACCAAAGGACGGGCUGAUGUGGGACUGCACCUGCAUCGGCGCCGGAAAGAUCACCUGCACCAUCGCCAAUCGUUGCCAUGACAACGGGCGGUCCUAUAAGAUCGGCGACACGUGGCAGAAGCCUCACGAGAACGGGGACUCCAUGCUGGAGUGCAUCUGCCUGGGGAACAACAAGGGCGAGUGGACCUGCAAGCCUGUGGCCGAGCGUUGCUAUGACAACUACGCCACAACAUCUUUCGUCGUCGGGGACACCUGGGAGAGGCCGUACCAAGGCUGGAUGAUGCUCGACUGCACCUGCUUAGGAGGAGGAAACGGACGCAUCAAAUGUACCUCCAGAAACCGCUGCAACGACCCGGUGACCCGGAGGUCCUACAGCAUUGGAGAAACAUGGACCAAGUCCGACUCCAGGGGGACCCCCAUGCAGUGCGUGUGCCUGGGGAACGGCCGCGGAGAGUCCAACUGCCACAUCGCGGGUCGAACUCAGUCCCUGCUGUACAAGGUGCCCACCGCUGAGGGAACCUGCCUCAUCGAUUCUGGAGCCUCCUUCUACGACGGGCAGCGCUGGAUCAGAACCCAGGGCAGCAAGCAGAUGCUGUGCACCUGUCUGGGCAACGGGGUCAACUGUCAGGAGUGGGAGGCCCAGAGCCACGUGUACGGUGGUAACUCCAACGGUCAGCCGUGCGUCUUCCCGUUUGUCUUCAUGGGGAAGACGUACUACUCCUGCACGUCGGACGGCCGCAGCGAUGGACAGCUUUGGUGCUCCACGACCUCCGACUACGAGAGGGACCAGCAGUACUCCUUCUGCACCGAAAAAUCUGCCACCGUGGUGACCCGAGGUGGAAACUCCAACGGCGCCUUCUGCAACUUCCCCUUCCUCUACAGCGGUCAGAACUACACCGAGUGCACCGCCGACGGGCGCCGCGACAACAUGAGGUGGUGCGGUACCACCUACAACUACGACGCAGACCAACGCUACGGGUUCUGUCCAAUGGCUGCCCACGAAGAGGUCUGCACCACCAGCGAUGGAGUGAUGUACCGUGUCGGGGACAAGUGGAACAAACGCCACGCCAUGGGUCACAUGCUGGAGUGCACGUGUGAAGGGAACGGCCGUGGGGAGUGGAACUGUGUUCCUCACGCAGCUCAGCGAGAUCGCUGCGUUGUUGACGGCUUGUACUACGAAGUCAACCAGGAGUUCUCCAAGCGCCACACCGAGGGACACAUGAUGAACUGUACCUGCUUUGGAGAGGGCCGCGGACGCUGGAAAUGUGACCCGAUCGAUCAGUGCCAGGAGCCUCAGAACAAGGCCUUCUACCAGAUCGGAGAGCAGUGGGACAAAGUUUUCAACGGGAUCCACUACCGAUGCUACUGCUAUGGCAACGGGAACGGGGAAAUGAGAUGUGAACCCACGCAGACUUUCCCAGGCGGCUCCAGACCGGUCCAGGUGAUCAUCACCGAGGCAGGGAAACAGCCCGACUCCCACCCCAUCCAGUGGAACCCUCCGUCGUCCACCCACGUUUCGCAGUACAUCCUCAAAUGGAGACUCAAAAACAGCCGCGCUCCUUGGAGGGAGGUCACCAUGCCCGGCCACCUCAACUCCUACACCAUCAGUGGACUGCGCCCCGGGGUCACCUACGAGGGUCAGCUCAUCAGCAUUCUGGGCUUCGGACGCCGCGAGGUCACGCGCUUCGACUUCACCACCGCCCACGGCACCUUGGAGACGUGGGAAGGCGAGACAACUGCACCUCCACCACUCGUGGACAUGUUCGAGUCGGUGACAGAAAUCACCUCAAACAGCUUCGUCGUGUCGUGGAAUUCAGCUUCUUCGACCAUCACCGGUUUCAGACUGGAGUACGAGCUCAUUGAGGACGGGGCGAAGCAGAAUGUCCUGGAUGUUCCUCGCACCACGACCUCCGUCACCAUCAGUGAUCUCCUGCCCGGACGCAGAUAUAACGUCAGCGUGUACGAGCUGCCCGAGGAGGGACAACCAAACCUGAUCCUGACCACCUCCCAGACCACAGCUCCUGAUUCACCUACUCUGCAUGCUGUGGAUGACAUCCAGGAGACCUCCAUCCGAAUCAGCUGGACCAAACCUCAGGCUCCAAUUACUGGUUACCGCGUGGUUUACGUGCCGUCAGAAGAAGGCAGCAGCACCGAGCUCAUCCUGCCCGACUCCGAGACUUCAGUGACCCUGGUGGACCUUCACCCCGGUCUCCUCUACAACGUCAGCAUCUACGCUGUGGAGGAGAACCUGGAGAGCGAGCCCAUCUCUGUGCAGGUCAACACGGCCGGCUCUCCAAAACAAGAGGAGGUCCCGUCCCCAACAGACCUGCAGUUCUAUGAAGUCUCAGAUGUCAAGAUCACCAUCACGUGGACCGGCCCACCCACCGAGGUCACCGGUUACAGGGUGGUCUUCACCCCAAUGGGUCAGGAUGGCACCGAGCUCCGUCCUCUGCAGGUUCCUGUCUCGCACAAUGCGUACGCCGAACUCGCCCACCUGCAGCCCGGCAUGCUCUACCGCUUCUACAUCUACGCCUUGAGAGGCGACGUGGAGAGCCGGCCGCUGGUCGGGGAGAAGUCUACCAAGCCCGAUGCUCCUACAGACGUGCGUUUCUCCGACAUUGGACCCGACAGUGCGUUGGUCCUCUGGGAGUCUCCUCGGGCCGUCGUUACUGGUUUUCGCCUUUUCCUGAGCAUCGAGGGCUCCAGCCCCAUGGAGAAGAGGAUCCCUGGGGCAACCACCCGGUACCCCUUGAAGAACUUGCACCCCGACACUCGGUACACUGCCACCCUGCACUCGGAGCAGGACAACGUGCUGAGCGAGGGCUUCACCACGUAUUUCACCACCGCUCCCCAGAUAGGAAAUGCCCCGCCUUUCAGCACUGAGGUCACUGACACCUCCAUCAUUGUCACCUGGAUACCUGUCCGCAGGUUCAGCUACAAGCUUUCUGUGCUCCCGAGUGAAGAGGGCGAGUCUCCCAGAGAGGAGACCUCCGACUCUGGACAGAUCCACAUCACUGGUCUGAUUCCUGGAACUCAGUACACCUACAGCGUUCAGCCAAUUUUCAACAACCGCAACCGUGGAAACCCCAUCACUCGCAACGUUGUCACCUCUUUGUCUCCUCCUACCGACCUCAGAGUGGUGUCCAGCCCGGACACAGGAGACCUAACCGUCUACUGGGUGGCCUCCAAAACACAAGGAAUCUCGGGCUACAGAGUGACGAGCACACCAACCAGUGGUCACAGAGGAAAUUUUCUAGAAGAAUUUGUCCCGGAGCACAAGACCUCGUGCACCCUGGAGAACCUGAAUCUGGGUGUGGAGUACAACGUCAGCGUGUUCACCACCAAGGGUCACGUGGAAAGUCCACCGGUGUCCACGGUUGUCACGCCAGAAAUCCCCACACCAGCUCACAUUGACUUUGCUGACAUUACCCACACCACCAUCAGCCUGCGCUGGAUCCCCCAGAACUUUACCGCCUUUACUGCUUACCGGAUAACCGUAGUCACCGUAGGCGAGAGCCUUCCCGUGUUUCAGGACAUGGUGAAUACAGCUGAUGGUUUUUACAUGAUUCAUGGUUUGGAGCCCGGCGUGGAGUAUGUCAUCAGUGUCAGCUCAGUGACAGAGGACGGGGAGAGCGAGCCGACCACUUACUCAAAGCAAACGCAUGCUGCCAUGCCCGCUCCAACCAACCUGCAGUUUGGAGGCGUUGGACCCGACCACAUCAGGGUGACGUGGACGAUCCCCAACAUCGCCACGCCAAGUCAAAUUUCCCGAUUCGUCAUCCGUUAUCACCCCGUCGCCACGGAUGAUGAUGUCAGAGAAGUUAAUGUGGGCGGAGCCACCAACACCUUCCUGUUGCAGAACCUGCAGCCCAACACGAAGUACCGGAUCAGUGUGGUGACGGUUUACGGCGACCAGGAAAGUGAACCGGCCACAGGAACUCAGAGCACAGUUCUGGACUCCCCGACCGAACUGAACUUCGUCGACAUCCAGACCAACUCCUUCACCGUCCACUGGCUGCCUCCCAAAGCCACCAUCAGCAGCUACAAGAUCCGCUUUCAGAAGACGAGCGGCGGGCGAGCCAAGGAGGAACGGCUUCCCCCCAACAGGAACCACUUCACUUUUACCGGGCUGACACCGGAGACCGAGUACAUGGUUUACGUGUUCGCCAUCAGCAACAGUCAGGAGAGUCAGCCACUGACUGGAACCCAAGCCACCAUCUCUGAUGCUCCCACUGACCUGGAAGUGACAUCAUCCACCCCCACCACCAUCAACAUCCGCUGGGACGCCCCCUCUGUUGACGUCAGGAACUACAGGAUCACCUACAGAGGAUCAGGUGGAGAAUCUCAGGAGAUUUUAAUCCCAGGUACCCAGACCUCGGCCACCAUCACCGGGCUGCAGCCUGGUACUGACUACACCAUCACGGUCUACGCCAUCACAGCCCGAGGAGACAGUCCGGCCUCCGACAGACCCGUCUACAUAACACACAGAACUGACACCGAGGCCCCGACUGACAUGAAAGUCACCGACGUGAGUGAUAACGCCAUCACGGUGCGCUGGUCUCCGGCUCAGGGACCGAUCAAAGGCUACAGGGUCACGAGUGUCCCCAAAAAUGGUCUGGGACCUUCGUACUCGGAGGUGGUGGCCCCCGAUCGGACUGAGAUGACGUUCACUGGUCUGAUGCCCACCGUGGAGUACGUUGUGAGCGUUUAUGCUCUGGGCAGCAGUGGACAACCGUCGUCUCCUGUGGUGGAGAACGCAGUCACUGCGAUGGACCAUCCGAAGGAUCUGAGCUUCACCGACAUCGACGCCACCUCCAUGCGCAUCACGUGGGACAGUCCAGAUGGGACGGUGACAUCAUACCGCAUCCUUUACUCCAGCCCAGAGGAGGGCGAGCGAGAACUGCGUCCAGCGCCCCGACGUGACCAGGACAGCGCGGUGCUGAAAAACCUCCGGCCCGGGACCGAGUACACCGUGAAAGUCUACGCCUUUAACGGCCAAACGGCCAGCUCGCCAUUAGUGGGGACCCAGGCCACCGUCAUCCCUGCCCCCACCAACAUGGUGGUCUCAGAAGUUGGCCCGUCUGUCUUCACGGUCUCGUGGCGAGCGCCGAGCGCACGCCUGACAGGAUACCGAGUGGUCGUUACGCCCAAAAACAUCAACAGCCCCCACAGAGAGAUGAACAUUGCUCCGGGCACCACCCGUGUCGUCGUACCGGGGCUCAUGGUGGCAACAACAUAUGAGAUCCAGGUGUACGCCCUGAAGAACUCCGUCACCAGCAGACCUCUGGAAGGAGAGGCGACCACACUGGAAGAUGUGAGUCCUCCACGGCGCGUUCGCAUCUCUGACGUGAAGGACACCGCCUUCACUCUCACCUGGAGAUCCAAAUUAGAACCCAUCACCGGUUACCUGAUCGAAGCCACGCCCAUGAGCGGCUCGCGGUCCCCCGUCAGCAAGACCAUCCCAGGAGAUAAGACGACCUACACUUUCACAGGCCUGCAGCCGGGCACCACCUACUCCGUCAGCCUGUACACGCUGAGCGGAAACACCAAGAGCGCUCCGUUUACUCUCAGGGUCGACACAGCGAGACCUGUGGUCCAGGCUCCCACCAACCUCCAGUUCACCUCUCUGACGCCCACCUCCAUCUCCUUCACCUGGCAGCCCCCUGCCACACACAUCACAGGAUAUUACAUCACCUACGAGGAGUCUGGAAGAGACCCCCAGGAGCUGACCCCCCGACCCCACGCCGGACAAAACUACGCCACCAUAACGGGUCUGAGACCAGCCACAGAGUACGUCGUCAAAAUCAUCGCCAUCCAAAACACGCAGAGGAGCACGCCUCUGGUGGGCCGCGUCAGGACCCAGCCAGACUCCUUGCUUCCCCUGCCUCUGCCCCAGCCCCACCGCCCCGGAGGGGACAAGCUGGACGUGCCUGAAACGGACUUGGACAACAGAGUCCACAUAGCGGGCUCUAACCAGGACGGGGACGGCGGCCAUGGCCAGCAUGUGGAGUACACGGAGUACAACAACGGAGGCAACGCGCAGACUCCUUAUGACCAAGUCCGUGAGCCCCUGGUCUUUGUCCCCCUCCCUGAUGCAGAAGGCCGCAGACUCCCCAUUCUGAAGCUUCGGGUGCCCGUUGGAUCCGUUUUUAACAAGACAGGAGUUCCUCUGGAGGCCCAGACUCAAACCAGCGUCUCCUGGAAGCCUUACACUCAGAGCAACGCCUACGAGUUGUCCUGCCACCCUCUGACACACGGCAACGAGAAGAUGUUCCAGGUCCGCCUGCCGGGCACGGCCACCACCGCCACCCUGAUCGGACUCACCCCCGGAGCAGACUAUAACGUGAUCGUAGAGGCCAUACUGGGAGCGCUCAAACACAAGAUUCUGGAGCAGGUCGUCACGGCUGGAAACGCAAUCUCUGAUGUCGCUCCGCCCAGUAAGGACAUGUGUUUCGACGCCUUCACUGCGACCUACCACGAGGUGGGAGGUGAAUGGGAGCGCCUGUCGGAGACGGGCUUCAAGCUGUGGUGCACGUGUUUAGGCCUGGGCAGCGGCCACUUCAGAUGUGACUCAUCCAAGUGGUGUCAUGACAACGGCGUCAACUACCGCAUCGGAGAGCGGUGGGACCGCCGCGCUGAAAACGGACACCUGAUGAGCUGCACCUGUUUGGGGAACGGCAAAGGAGAGUUCAAGUGUGACCCACAUGAGUCCGUGUGUUACGAUGAAGGCCAAACCCACAAGGCAGGCAGUCAGUGGCAGAAGGAGUACAUGGGUGCCAUCUGCUCCUGCACCUGCUUUGGAGGGCAACAGGGAUGGCGAUGCGAUAACUGCCAUAGACCCGGUUCUGAUGUGGAUCCCAGUUUCCUGCAGCCCAUCAGAUACGCAGACAACACGCUGAGAAAAAACGUCAACUGCCCCAUCGAGUGCCUCCGACCCGGCCUGCUGGCCGACAGCGCCGCUCCCCAAACUCCUCACAAAUAACGGGUCGGCUUCCUCGCCGCCCCGUCGCUGCACUGUCUCACCUUACAGAAGCCACGCCGUCUGUGGGAGCAGAACGCCGCUCUCGCUUCCUUCCCGACCCGUUUUAGUUCACCGGCCUGUUUCAUCUGCCUCGAUGGUUUCUCUCGACCAGUCUGCCCACUGUUGCAACAUCGGACCCUGAAAUGAUGGUACGCCCGAUCCGUUACGGAUUAUUUGCAUCGACUCGUUUUGAAAAUGUCAAAAAUUCAGCAGUGUUGAAGAACGUCACUUUGUUCUUGUUUCUGUUCUGUAGCCGUCCGGCUGAAGCGUUUCAUCUUUGUAGUAAUUUAUCCUUUAAUCUGGGUUUAUGAAUGUCCGAGUCAGGAUGUGAGAAAGUUGUAUUUUUGUACGUCGUCGUUUAAACAAGUCCCUUAUUUUAAUAAAGCUGGAGAGAUCCUGAAUUUCAAA